AUGUUCCGCAGAACCUUUCUCCUCGCGCUUGCUUUGGUCCCAUUCUCCCUCGCUCAGGUCUCCGAGGACUUCGAAGGCGGAUGGGAUGAGGCCUCCUGGCCCACCUACGCUAAUGACUGCAACCAGGGCGGUAAAGUGAGCCUUGACAGCUCAACCGCCCACAGCGGCAAGAACUCCGUCAGGGUUGAUGGCGCGGGAGGCUAUUGUGGACACAUGUUUUUCGGCACGACGAAGGUUCCUAGCGGCGAUGUCUAUGUCAGGGCCUGGAUCAAAGCCUCCAAGGCACUAACCGACUCCCAUGUCUCCUUUAUCACCAUGCCCGACUCCGCCCAAGGUGCCAACAAGCACCUCCGCAUUGGCGGGCAAAGCAAGAUCCUGAUGUACAACCGCGAGUCCGACGAUGCUACACUCCCCGACCUCUCCCCGCAGGGUAUUGCUGCCUCUAAGGCGCUUCCAACAGGCACCUGGGAAUGUUUCGAAUACCACUUAGGAACCGACGGCACCGUCGAGACUUGGUUGAACGGCGACGUCAUUGACGGUCUUACAAGCAAGGCGGGCGUCACCAACGCAAACGCCGGUCAGUGGCAGCGAAGCAGCGUCAAGCCCAAAGUCACUGGUAUUUACUUCGGUUGGGAGUCGUACGGCGGUGACACUAACACCUUCUGGUACGAUGACAUUGCUGUUAGCUCAACUCGCGUUGGAUGCGACGAAGCUCCUGCCGCUUAA